AUGUUGCCCAAGGAGGAAACCGUGCUUUCGGCCGGAGCAGCGCUCUCACAGGUAUUCUUCACUCAAGCAAUCUUGCUUUACAGGGAGAAAGCAGUACGACUAACUGAAGAAACACAGGACUUUAAGCCCCUAAAGAAUGUCUGCGCUCAUCUGAACGCGUUCCACGCAUACGCCAAUGAUCCCAAGCGAGCUGUAGAGGCAAACCACUACUGCGGGCAUCUGAGUGACGACGUCCGCCAAUGCAUCAUCUACGACUCGCCCGAACCAAACGCCCGCAUCAUCGGCAUCGAAUACAUGAUCACCCCGGAAAAGUACGAGACGCUGCCCGCGGAAGAGCGGCGCCUCUGGCACUCGCACGUGUACGAGGUGAAAUCGGGGAUGCUCGUGAUGCCGAACCGGCUGGUGCCGCAGGCGCCGUGGGAGCUGGCGGAGAAGCGCGAGAUGGAAAAGGUCGUGACGCUGUACGGCAAGACGUAUCAUCUCUGGCAGACGGACAGGGGGGACGAGCUGCCGCUGGGGGAGCCGCAGCUGAUGACGAGCUACAUUGCGGACGGACAGCUGGAUUGGAGGCUGGUGGAGGAGAGGGAUGAGAGGUUUGGGGUGAGCUCUGAGAGGAAGAAGGAGGGGAGGAGGGAUAUCGAGGAGCCGAGGGUUCAUCAAGAUGCGGAUUAUGCUUGGAAGAAGGGGGGACAGUGA